UUUAACUAAGCCUGGCGACGACUCUCCAGCCGACAGUCUGCCAUCCAAACUCGAACGAAGCGGUACGCCUGCGCGCACGUUGUGCAAUCCGUCAGAUACAAGAUACAUGAAGCUAAUAGACUGCUGUCACAACUAACAAAAAAAAUAUCAUCAAAGUGAAUGAAUGUGAAUUGAUUUUUAAGUUGAAUACCAAUUGAAUACGCAAUCUAUGUGACUAUAACUAUAUACAUAUGUGAAAGACAAGAACGAGGCAACAACAUCGCGCAGACAUCGAACGGCAAAAAUUAUAAAAAAGGAGAAUCAAAAGAAAAACAAAAUAAAAAAAGCAUAAAAAUUCCUCAGAUCGUUGUGUUCGGUGUGUUCGGCGACUGAGCGAGCGAACAACGUGAAUGUUGUGUGUGUUGGACGGUCAAAAGCCGGACAAAAAGCCCUAAAAAUAAAAUAAAAAUAAAAUCAAGCAAAGGUGCGAGACAAGAAAUUAAAUUGAUAAACCUAAAAGCAAAAGCAAACACAGCAACCACAGCAACAUCGAAACCCUUGACCGUGCCUAGCUUGAGUCUUGAGUCUCUGGGCAGGACUUGGAAUUGGACUUGUCGCGCUGCUGUGGCAAUUAUCAAGCGCAAUGCAUCAGCCAGGGAAUGCCAAACGACUGUUGUAGACAAGUCUCUGCGUGUGUGUGUGUGUGUAUUUAGGUAUAUCAAUGUGUGUGCGCGCGCGUGUGUGUGUGUGUGGUAAAUAGCUCAAAGCCACGAAAUUGGUUUUAUCGGUGCGCCAAAAUCGCCAAUUGCAAAAAUUGCAAACAAAACAGCGAAGCUGUUAAGCCAGCCAAGAAGGGACUAAGCCACAGCCAAAAACAAAAAAUAUCUAUAGAAAAGAGCAAGUAAAAAAAACUAUAAGAACAACAACAACAACAGUAGCAACCAGCAGAAGAAGAAGCAGCAGCAGCAGCAGCGACGGCGCAUCGCGUGGAGGUCGCGAUAAACUGCAAAAGUCCAAAAACUGCGGCAAAAUACUGGGAAGGAGGAAAUUGCUAAAAUAUUACCCGAAAGGCAUAUUCGCUAUGUACAUACGUGUGCAACGGCCACAGAUACAGACAAUAACAACAACAACAACAACAUCGAGUACGACAACAGCAACAGCAACAACAGCAGCAGCAACAGCGAGUACGACAACAACAAUAGCUAAAGCGACGGCUGAGCAAAAUGUAUAAUAAAAAAUUACAACAAGUGAUCGUGCAGAAAAUAGAUCGAUAAAACGACCAAAUAAAAAAUAAAGUAAAAACACAAAAAAAACAACUACAACAAAUACGAACAGAACGAGCGAAAAAAAAAAUAAAUAAAGCGGCGUUGGGCACGUUUUUUUCUUUUUUUGUGUCUGUCUGUUUUUCUGUUGUUGCGCUGUUUCAAUUUCAAUUGUGGAAAUCGAAGAAAAAUCGCCCAAACCCAAACGCAAAGCUUCGACGUAAACGUAAUAAACGAACCGGUCAGAGCGAGACAGAUAGAGGGAGUGUGAGCGAGAACGAGAGCGAGCUAGUUGGUGAUAGAACUAGCGAAGGAACCCGGCAAACAUCGAGGAGAACCCGCAACUACACUGAUCAAAUAGCCUUGGAUCAGGCGCAAUAUUUAUUAAACAAAGCCAGAAAUUAAUUUCACGACUUUCGUCGACAACGACGACGAGCUGCAUCUGAGUUUCAUCUGGCUAACCCCCGCUUCGAUUGCCCCACCCCGGCCGGCGUCUUUAUGCCCAGCUUGAACUUGCACUCGGAUUGAGAGCGUGACAGCAAGCAACGAAGAACGAGUGAGACUGAGGAGAGAGCGAGAGCGAGUGAGAGAGAGAGGCAGCAUAAAGUUCGGUGACUGCAGCAGCAAAAUGUACGACAUCAAGCGCCUGGAAGCCGGACAACAGCAGCAGCAGCAACAACCCCAACAGCAACCAAUUGAGAAAAUUUUAAGCGAUCGUUUGUGCGGCACAACGGCGUUGCAACAGCUACAGCUCACCUGCAGCGUUAUAACGCCCACGCCGCGUAACAGCAACACGCACUGCAGCAACAUUAGCAACAUCAGCAGCCACAGCCUUAGUAGCAGCAGCAGCAACUGCAGCAGCAUCAACAGCAAUCCCAUUGAAGCCACACACAUGACACUGUUGACGCUGCGUCGUCGCCGGGCGUUCCAGCGUCGCGCUUGCCUGCUCAGCAUACUGGCCGCCUUUGUCUUUGGCAUGGCGCUGGGCGUCAUCGUACCCAUGCUCGGCCUGCCCGAUUACUUUGCCAACACGAGCAGCAGCGGCAACAGUCUAAGUGAUGAGACAAUUGUUCGAUCCCUGAAUCUAAGCGACGAUCCACCUCCGUUGCCCUACAGCGUUGCGUUCAUACGCGACGAAGCCGUUGAGUCAGAGCUGUCAGCGAAUCUUGAGCUGAGUGCCGAGCAGGUAUUUCGCAACGCAUUCCACUUGGAGCAGGACAAGAAUGCGCCCGACUCCAUGAUCGUUAAGAAGCUGGACACUAACGAUGGCAGCAUCAAGGAAUUCCAUGUGCAGCGCAUUAGCAACGGUCGCUAUCGCAAGGGACCCGAACGUCGCCUGUCCAAGUCAUCGAGUUCAGCCGCCACCGCCACCGCGAACAAAUCGCUGGCCAAGCCACAGCUGCAGCUGCAACACCAGGCAACGUCGACGACAGCGGCUCGCGAUCAGCAACUGCAGCAGGCAGGCAUCAUCGAGUCGAACAUCUACUGGGGCGAACUGGUGGAGCAGGCACUGCCCAAGGGCUUUGCGGCCGAGGAUCAGCACAGCUGGGAGCGCUAUGUGGCAGGUCAGGGUCAGGUCACGCGGCUGGAGCAGGGCUGUGGACGCAUGCAGAAUCGUUUGGUUGUGUUCGCGGAUGGAACGCGUGCCUGUGCACGCUAUCGCCAGAACACGGAUCAGAUACAGGGCGAGAUAUUCAGCUAUUACCUUGGUCAGCUGCUCAACAUUAGCAAUCUGGCGCCCAGUGCAGCGACAGUCAUUGACACAACGACGCCAAGCUGGUCGAGUGCAUUGGGCGACAUCACGCAGGCGCAGUGGAAGGAACGUCGGCCGGUGGUGCUAACGCGUUGGCUGGCCGAUUUGGAGCCAGCGGGCAUACCGCAACCGUUUCAGCCACUGGAGCGACAUCUCAACAAGCACGAUGUCUGGAACCUAACACAGCAGUUGCAGCAUCAGCAGCUGAAGCGGGAGAGCAGUGAGAGCGAGGGCGAGAGCGAGAGCGGGAGCAUGUCGCGGGGAUUACUCAAGCGACUGGAGGCUGCCGCUGCCAGCAGCCAAACGGUCGAUCAUCAAUCACGCAUGCUUGAGGAGUCAGCUAAGGAGUUGUUGUCCUCGACUGCAACUGCAACUGCAACGGCAACAGCAACAGCAACGACGACCUCGUCAACGACGGCUCUGCUGCAGCGACUAAUUGAAUUGGCACAAUGGUCCGAUUUAAUCGUCUUCGAUUACCUGAUCGCGAACCUCGAUCGUGUCGUUAAUAACUUGUACAACUUUCAAUGGAAUGCCGACAUUAUGGCUGCGCCAGCUCACAAUCUUGCCCGCCAGAGGGAUACGCAGCUGCUCGUGUUCCUUGACAACGAAUCGGGCCUGCUGCAUGGCUAUCGGUUGCUCAAGAAGUAUGAGGCCUAUCACAGUCUCCUGCUCGACAAUCUGUGCAUCUUUCGUCGUCCCACCAUCGAGGCGCUGCAGCGAUUGCGUGCAGGAGGAGCCGGAGAUGGCGGUGGAGGAGCGGGGACAAAACUGCGCGAACUCUUUGAGCGCACAACCAGCCCGAAUGUGCGUGAUGUGCUGCCCUCGCUGCCGGAUAAAUCAAUCAAGAUUCUGGCGGAACGCAUCGAUCGCGUGCUGGCCCAGGUCCAAAAGUGCAGCGACAGCAACAAGAGCAGCUAAUGAAACGAUACCAACGAUCGACAACGAC